GGCAGAAAAGCCCUCUGUGCGGGACGUAAACGUGACUCGACGCCAAGAGCUUGAUGGCGCAGGGACCCCCCUCCCCUUCGCGCAUGCGCACAGGCGCUGACCGAGACGUACCGGGCAUGAAAUGGAGCCAGUGACAGCGCGCAUAGCAUUCUGAUUACAGCUAUAGAAGACUCGUUGCAGGAACGUCCUUUGUACCAUCAUGGCUCAGUUUGGAGGCCAAAAGAAUCCUCCUCCGUGGGCCACCCAAUUUACAGCAACUGCGGUGUCUCAACCAGCUCCCCUAGGGGUCCAGCAGCCAUCGUUACUUGGAGCCUCCCCUACAAUCUACACUCAGCAAUCAGCACUGGCAGCAGCUGGCCUCACCUCCCCAUCUCCAGCUAAUUACCAGCUGACUCAAACUGCAGCUUUGCAGCAACAGGCAGCUGCCGCUGCAGCCGCCGCUGCUCUGCAACAGCAGUACACACAGCCUCAGCAGACCAUAUACAGUGUACAACAGCAGUUACAGCAGCCACAGCAAACUCUAUUAACACAGCAGACUGUGACCCUACCUACGAGCCUUGCGUUGUCCACUCCCCAACAGGCUGCACAGAUAACGGUUUCAUACCCAACACCACGAUCCAGCCAGCAGCAGACUCAGACACAGAAGCAGCGUGUUUUCACGGGCGUUGUGACCAAGCUCCAUGAAACAUUUGGGUUUGUGGAUGAAGAUGUAUUUUUUCAGCUUACUGCCGUCAAAGGAAAAUCUCCCCAAGUCGGAGAUCGAGUGCUGGUAGAGGCUACUUACAAUCCGAAUAUGCCAUUUAAAUGGAAUGCACAGAGGAUACAGACCCUUCCAAACCAGAAUCCAGCUCCAGCACAGUCUCUGAUGAAAAACCCUCAAUCUGUAAUGAACCCAGUUGCUCAGCAGGGUGCAUUUGCUGUUCAGUCUCAGCCCCCUCCUCAAGCCCAAACUUUGCUGCAGGCUCAGAUAUCCGCUGCUUCACUCACUCCUCUUCUUCAGACACAGCCAUCUCCACUUUUACAGCAGCCACAGCAAAAAGCUGGACUGUUACAAACCCCUGUUCGUAUUGUGACUCAACCACAGCCAGUUCGUCGAUUGGAACCUCCCUCUAGAUUUUCUGGUAGGAGUGAAAGAUUAGAGUCACUAUCAAGUAGGAAGGAUGACCGGAACCGAGAAAGAGACAGAGAGAGGCGCAGAUCACGUGACCGAUCACCUCCAAGGAAAAGAUCAAGAGAGAGAUCACCACGUCGUGAGCGAGAUCGAUCUCCACGAAGACCUAGACGAGCUACACCUCGCUACACUGUUCAAUUUUCCAAAUUCUCUCUGGACUGCCCUGGAUGUGACACUAUGGAGCUGAGACGACGUUACCAGAAUCUGUACAUUCCCAGUGAUUUCUUUGACGCUCAGUUCACUUGGGUGGAUGCUUUUCCUAUUUCACGUCCGUUUCAUCUGGGAAAUUACACUAACUUCCAUAUAAUGCACAAAGAAGUGGAUUCACUUGAGAAAAACACUGCCGUCUUAGAUCCUCCAGAUGUAGAUCACACAUACAGCGCAAAGGUUAUGCUUUUGGCAAGUCCUUCUUUGGAGGAUUUGUACCAUAAAUCUUGUGCUCUCGCUGAAGACCCAGUAGAAGUCAGGGAAGGAUUCCAGCAUCCAACAAGACUUGUUAAGUUUUUAGUGGGAAUGAAGGGUAAAGAUGAAGCAAUGGCAAUAGGAGGACACUGGUCUCCUUCACUAGAUGGAUCCGACCCGGUUAAAGACCCUUCUGUGCUCAUCAAGACGGCCAUCCGGUGUUGUAAGGCUCUGACUGGCAUUGAUUUGAGCUUGUGCACACAGUGGUAUCGUUUUGCAGAGAUCCGCUACCAUCGCCCUGAGGAGACCCACAAGGGGCGUACGGUUCCUGCUCAUGUGGAGACAGUGGUUUUAUUUUUCCCGGAUGUUUGGCAUUGCCUUCCCACCCGCUCAGAGUGGGAAAACCUGUGCCGUGGAUACAAGCAGCAGCUGGCCGACAAGCUUCAGGGUGAACGCAAGGAAGCUGAUGGAGAACAGGAAGAAGAGGAGAAAGAAGAUGGGGAGGCCAAAGAAAUUUGUAAUCCUACUCAUUGGUCAAAACUCGACCCAAAGAUAAUGAAGGUAAACGAUCUUCGUAAGGAGCUAGAGAGUCGAACUCUCAGCUCUAAAGGUCUGAAAUCACAACUUAUUGCACGUCUGACUAAGCAGCUUCGAAUAGAGGAGCAGAAAGAGGAACAAAAGGAGCUUGAGAAAUCUGAAAAAGAAGAGGAUGAGGAAGAAGAAAGAAAAUCUGAAGAUGACAAAGAGGAGGAAGAAAGAAAACGGCAAGAUGAUAUAGAACGCCAAAGGCGGGAGAAGAGAUAUGUUUUACCAGAUGAACCAGCAAUCAUCGUACACCCAAACUGGUUGGCCAAGAAUGGAAAAUUUGACUGUAGCAUCAUGUCUCUUAGUGUCCUUUUAGAUUAUCGAAUAGAAGACAAUAAGGAGCACUCAUUUGAAGUGUCUUUAUUUGCUGAGCUUUUUAAUGAAAUGCUUCAAAGAGACUUUGGGGUGCGAAUAUAUAAGGAAUUUAUAACUCUCCCAGAGAAAGAUGAAAAGAAAGAGAAGGAGAAGAAAAUGAAAAAGGAAGAGAAGAGAGAUAAGAAAGAAGAUGAGGAUGAUGAUCCGAAACCCAAAAGGAGAAAAUCUACAGAGGACAAGAUCAAGCUGGAUGAGCGAGAUGAAAAAAAGAGAGAGGAUCGUAGAAAAGAGGAUUCCCGUGAUGAGGAAGAAAUGGAAGAUGAGAACCAAGAGGAUUACGAACCCAUUGGAGCUGAAGAAGAUGAUGGUGAUUUUGAUGAACGAGAGGAUGACGACGACGAUUCAAGCUGCAAAGAUAAACGUGAAGACAAGAAAGAAAGUAAAAGGUGUCACAAGGAAUGGCUGCACAAGGAGAAGGAGAAAGACAAGAAACAGAUGGUAACCGUUAACCGGGAUCUUUUGAUGGCUUUUAUCUAUUUUGACCAAAGUCACUGUGGAUACCUACUGGAGAAGGACUUGGAAGAGAUCAUGUACACUCUUGGACUACAUCUUUCUCGUGCUCAGGUGAAAAAACUGUUCAAUCGAAUGUUGCUGAAAGAAUCUUGCUUUUACCGCAAACUUACGGACACUUGUGCGGAGGAUGGAAGCCAUGAAGAGUUGGAACCAAUACAUGACGAUGUUCUAGGUAACUGUUUGUUUCUGCCAUCCAAAGCUAUGAAAUCUGGAAUGGCACAGGUAGAAGAUAAAGGAGGCCUUAUUGUAUAUAAUGGUGCCAUGGUUGACAUUGGAAGUCUUCUACAAAAACUAGAAAAAAGUGAAAAGUCCAGAACUGAGCUAGAACAGAGACUUCAGUCCCUGGAAUCUAAAACAGAGGAAGAUGAAAAGACCAUUUCUCAACUAGAAGUUUCUAAUAAAAAUUUGUCUGGGGAGUUGAAAGAGGCCAAAAACAGUGCUCUUAAUUUACAAGCGUGUUUGAAAACAGCAGAAGACACAAACUCCCAAUAUGAAGACCAGCUAAAUAAAACCAUAAAGAACCUCUCUACAGCCAUGGAAGAGAUCCAGGGAGUUUUAAAUAGGAACCCAACCACGUCUGAAGAGCAGAGUGCAAAAGAGAAUGGAUCCACUUGUUGAUAAAACGACUGACUUCCUGAUGGAGAAAUAACCUUGUUAAAUAAUGUAAUGCAAAUCACGAUGCCAGCAAGGUGGGAGGAGCAGUGUGGAAUUUUUAUUUUAUUUUUCGUUUAAAAAAACAAACAAAAUAAAAAUUAUUUAAUAGGGAAGAUGUAUAAAGUUUUAUGGACGCGUGAUUUAAUUUUGUAGUGACUGCUUGUAAUUUCUAGCUCUAUGCAGAGUAAACAUUUUGCAAUGCAAAAGGGUUUAGAAUCAAUGUUAACAAAUCUGAACUUUUACAUUGUAGUAAUAAUCUGCAUGUGUGUAGAUACCUUCAUAUAUGUAAAUGUCUGAAAAAUAUAAUAUUUUGCCACCUGUU